AUGGCCCAACGCUCGGUGUAUAUCCACCAGGGCAGUGCGGACGCCAUCCCAGGUGAUGCAUCCAGCGGCCUCCUCUUCCUCCGAGAUUUCUUCCCGGCCAUCGACUCACUGUCCGGUGCGCCACAUCCGAUCGUGGCGUUCUUGGAUCCGCAGGCCUGCUUCAUUACCAACAGCAACCCGCCCGUGAUGGCGCAGCCGGCCAUCGCCAUGCUGGAGCUGCGCGGGAAACACGUCGAUCGCUUCCAUCAUGAGCUACAUAUGGCGUGGGACAUCGAUCAUACGCCUGGGGAUACCGAUCAUGAUCAUGAUCAUCAGCAGCAGCAGCGGCAGCAAAAUAGUCCCACCGACGACACCAAGGCAAGCGCCACACGCACCGUCAUGUACGAUUCCACGACGGGAACCAUCCUCCAACCUGAUCCCGAGAAGUUUGAGAUCCGCACGAGCGAGUUCAACAUCAUUACCCUGCGCGCGGACCCAACCGGGCCCCAUGGCCUGCGGGCGGUGGAGUUGCGUACCUUUCUGGACGCCCGGCCAAUCCAACAGCGAGCGGGCGUGUUGCAGGAGCAAUUUGCCCAAGGGGCGGCUUGAAAACAACCCACUGACGUUGUUCAGUACCACACCACAGUGAAGUUCCCAACCCACUGACGUUGUCUCGCACCGUACCACAAGGGCAGUGAUGCUCUUGCAGGGCGUUCCUUGGACAGCCUCAAGUUGGACUAUGACGUCAGCUGACAAAGACUUGACUGGCCAAGGCGCUAGGCCGUUUUCGGGCUCGCUUGACUCUCUCUGGUCUUAUAGAAGAAAUAAAAUACUAGUAGAAUCAUGAAUAGAAUAGAGUACAAUUGACUAGAUAGAAUACAGUUACCGAUACUCUCUUGACACUGACAGCUCAUCGUUUCUUUUGUUUGGUGGUGGUUAAACUGAAGCUCCUUCUCCU